GUCGUUCGUUCGUCAUCGACGUCAAUACUCGCGCAGAACGAAAAAAAAAAAUCGAACCCAAAUUCUGAUAAAAAGUGCAGUUUGAUUAUGAUAAUUUAAUAAUUAACAAUUUAACAAUUAUUGUUCGUCUUAUUUAGGUAUUUUAUUGCAUGCAUUUCCAUUUGUCGCAUAGAAAAACGGCUGAAAAAUGAAUGUGAUCAAAGCGGUGCAGUUGUACAUUGAGAAUAUGAUUGCGGACGCUGGCCCCGGAAUGAAAAUGCUGAUGAUGGAUCGAGAAACCACUAGCAUCGUUUCGAUGGCUUUUUCGCAAUCGGAGAUGCUUCAGCAGGAAGUGUUCCUCUUCGAGCGGAUCGAUUCAGGGCGUUCCAACGAGCGCCUGAAAUAUCUGAAAUGCAUCGUUUUCAUUCGACCGACGAGGGACAAUGUCCUCCGGUUGCAGACUGAACUCAAGAGCCCGAAGUACGGCGCUUAUUAUAUCAAUUUCAGCAACAUCAUUCCUCGCACCGAAAUAAAAGCCCUCGCCGAGAGCGACGAAAGCGAAUCGGUACGCGGAGUCAAAGAGAUCUACGCCGACUAUCUGCCAGUGAAUCCCAAUCUGUUCUCGUUGAACAUUCCUACCUGUCUGCAGUCCCUCAACUGGAACCAGGAAGCUCUGGAACGGUCGGUCCAGGGCGUGAUCAGCGUGCUGCUCUCGUUCAAGUUCCGCCCGGCCAUCCGUUACAAAUCCAGCUCCAGUACGGCGCAAACCCUAGCCAAAAAAGUGCACGAAACGAUCAACAAGGAAACGGCCCUGUUUAGUUUUCGUCCCCCGGAGGAUGGAUCUCCGCCGCCGUUGCUGUUGAUUCUGGAUCGCCGGGACGACCCGAUCACGCCGCUGCUCAACCAGUGGACCUACCAGGCGAUGGUUCACGAACUGCUGACCAUCAACAAGCAACGGGUGGAUCUAUCGGAUGUGCAAGGCGUUCCGAAAGAUUUGAAAGAGAUCGUCCUGUCUUCGGAGCAGGAUGAGUUCUUUGCCGCUAAUUUGUAUUCGAACUUUGGAGAGAUCGCUACCACCAUCAAGGGGCUGAUGGACGAGUUUCAGAAGAAGGUGCACGAUCAGAAGAAGAUCGAGAGCAUCAACGACAUGAAGAACUUUGUGGAAACGUAUCCUCAGUUCAAGAAGAUGUCCGGCACGGUGUCGAAGCAUCUGGUGCUGAUCAGUGAGCUGUCGUUGCAGGUCAGCAAGCAGCAGCUGUUCGAGGUUUCCGAACUGGAGCAGGAGAUAGCUUGUCGUGCGGAUCAUUCGACGCAGUUGCAACGGGUCAAGAGGUUGGUCACCGAUGAAAAGAUCAACCUUCAAAACGCACUUCGAUUGAUUUUGCUUUAUUCGAUGCGCUACGAGCGGCACGCCAACUGUGGAACCUCCGGGCUGUUGAAAAUACUGCAGGAUCGGGGUGGCAGAGCCCACAUCGUUCCGCGAAUGUUGGAAUAUAUCAGCACCAGCGCUCGGCAGGAACUGUUCAACACGGUCAAGAUCACCGACGCCGUCAAACUGACCAGGAACCUGAUCAAGGGUCUCAAAGGGGUUGAAAAUGUCUACACCCAGCACAACUGCGUUCUGAAGGAAGUGCUGGAGGAAGUGACCCGGGGUCGGCCGUUGGACGCCAGCUACCCGAUCAUGGGCAAUGAGCUUCCCUUCCGGAGGCCACCGCAGGAGAUUGUGGUGUUCGUGAUCGGAGGAACGACCUACGAGGAAGCUCUGGCCGUCCAUCGGUUCAACCAAGACGGGUUCAAGAUCAUCCUGGGAGGGACUACCAUCCACAAUGGGGACAGUUUCAUCGAAGAGAUUGUGGCGGCAACCGCUGGGGUUUCAUUUAAACAUUCCCGCUCGCUGCAGCAGUUUCACCAUGCGCCGGCUGGGGAGGCUUGAAACGGAAAGCGGUAAGUUUGAAAGUAUGUGUAUUUAACGUUUAACUUCGUACGAAAUGUAUUCCAGCAUCGAUUGUUAUAGCAUUCUGAGUAACUUAUUAUAGCUGUAUAAAUAGAGUGUCACUGUGCAAGAGAGCAUAUUAUAUUAUGCGUUAUGUAACUGCAUCAAUA